GUAUUUCUGAAUUGCUAAAACACUAAAAUCCAUUUGCAAAACCAAAGUUGCAAGUGUACAAACCACUUUAUUGAUUGAAUCACACAGUUUGCAGAACUUUAAACACUUCUCAUGUGGUUAGACACAACUAGCAAAUUGGAAUCACUCUUUGUGCAAAACUGUAAACACAGUCAUUCACAAAGCACAUGUAGCAUUGUGGUGCACUUCAACUCAAAAUGGAACAAUACAGCCCCCAAAAGUGAAACACAAGCAACACACUGUUGUCAUCGGUAACACACAAGCACUCAAAAGUGAACACACCUGUUUCAAAUCAGUAAUGUGUUGCACCUAAUCAGUAAUCAGGACAUAAAGCCAUGUCAAAUCCAAAUGGCAUGUGUGAUUUUCACAAUGGAGGGCAGGAGAGAAGGUGGAAGUGGAAGUGGAAGUGGAAGUGGAAGUGGAAGUGGAAGUGGAAGUGGAAGAGGAAGUGGAAGUGGAAGUGGAAGAGGACGAGGAGAAGGAAGAAAUGGAGGAGGAGGAGGAGGAGGAGGAGGAGGAACAAGAGCCAUCAUUUCCAAUGAAAUUAGAGCAAAAAUCAUACACCAUGUUCUGGUUCAUGGAAUGAGUAUGAGGGACGCAGGACUACGUGUUCAACCAAAUAUAAGCAGGUUCUCUGUGGCCCCCAUUGUCAGGACAUUCAGAGAAGAGAACAAAAUUGAAAGACUGCCACAUGCCGGUGGAAGGAGAGGUAUGUUCUCACAACAGCAGGAGACCAUUAUUGUCAAUAUGGGCCUUCAAAAUAAUCUCAUUCGUCUGCGUGAAAUACAACAGCGAGUUGAGGAAGACAACGUGAAUUUUGAAGGAAUCAACAGCGUGAGUCUCUCCACAAUUGACCAUGUCCUGAAACGCAACCUGAUAAGUCUCAAACAAGCCUACAGAGUACCAUUUGAGAGAAAUUCUGAAAGGGUAAAAGAGCUACGAUAUCAAUAUGUACAAAGAAUGUUUCAACUGGAUUCCAUGGAGAGGCCUCAUGAGUGCAUCUUCUUGGAUGAAGCUGGCUUUAAUCUUAAGAGGAGAAGGAGAGGCUGCAACAUUAUUGGUCAACGUGCCAUUGUAGAGUUGCCAGGGCAGCGUGGUGGCAACGUGACCAUAUGUGCUGCCAUCAGCAGCUACGGGGUUAUUCACCGCCAUGUGACUGUAGGGCCUUACAACACUGCCCAUCUUAUGACGUUUCUGUAUGCUCUACAGGAAGCACUACUGAGACGUGAACAGAGAGGUGAUGAGCAGGCAGAGCAUCCCAUGUAUGUGGUAAUCUGGGACAAUGUGAACUUUCACCGUGGUCCUAGAAUUCGUGAGUGGUUUGAAAAUAACCCACAUUUUAUAAAUGUGUGCCUCCCACCAUACUCGCCCUUCCUUAAUCCCAUUGAAUCAUUUUUUUUCUGCAUGGAGGUGGAAGGUCUGACAGAAAUCCUUAUGCAAGGAAAAUCUCAUUCAGUCAAUGGAUGCCGCAUGUGACAACACUGGAGUGGAAGCGAUUCAAGGUUGGAUUCGGCAUGCUAAAGGAUUCUUUCCCCGUUGUUUAGCAAGGGACAGGAUUGCCUGUGACGUUGAUGAGGUCCUGUGGCCUGACCAUCCCCACAGGCAUGAUGCUGAGGCAGAAUGAUUCCAAGACAUUGCUUAUUUUGUU